UUACUCUAUUUUCUUUUGAAGUUGAGAAUGAGAGGUAGAUAAAGACUCCACUCUUAGUCUUUGCUGAGUCUACAGUCCACUCUCUCUGUAUAACAUAAUCUGCUUCAUGAUUUCAAGAAAAUAAAUAAAUAUAAUAUAUCUUGUGAUCUGCUACUUGCAUUCAGUGCCUCAAUAAUAUCUUCUUCUUUUUUCUUUCUAUUUAUAGUAUAAGAAGGUUAGUGGGGUUGAAUAAUGGAGGUAGUAGAUUGGAAAUGGGAGCAGAAUGAGAUGGAAGUUGAAGAAGGAGGAGGGGGUCUUCAAGUGAGAAGCUCUAAGGUUACUAAAGAAGUGACAAAUGUGAAAAUUGAGAUAAAUGGACAUGGAAAUUCUACCCUAAAGAUGACUAAUGGAACAGAAAAAUCUGAUCUUGGUGAUGUACAAGAAAGGUCAGAGGAGGAGAAGCUUUCAGAUUCUAUUAAUGGGGUUGAAGUUGAAGAGGGAACUGAGCCAAAAGAUGAGUUAGUUGAACAUAUUGUAGUUUCAAAUAAUGGGGUUGAGGAAAAAUCUGGUCUUGAUGAUGAACAAGAAAGGUCAGAGGAGCAUAUUUCAGAUUUUAAUAAUGGGGUUGAAGAGGGAACAGAAAAAUCUGAUCUUGCUGAUGAACUAAAGGGGUCAGAGGAGGAGCAUAUUUCAGAUUCCUAUAAUGGGGUUGAAGUUGAAGAGGAAACAAAACCAAAGGAAGAGUCUGCUCAACAUAUUUUACUUUCAAAUAAUGGGGUUGAAGUUGAAGUUCAAGGGGAAACAAAACCAAAAGAAGAGUCAGUUCAGAAGAUUGUAGCUUCAAAUAAUGGGGUUGAAGAGAGAACUGAACCAAAAGAAGAGUCAGUUCAGAAGAUUGUGGCUUCAAAUUAUGGGGUUGAAGAGGGAACUGAACCAAAAGAAGAGUCAAAACAGCAUCUUGUGACUUUUACUGAUGGGGUUGAAGUUGAAGAGGGAGCUGAAGAGUCAAUUCAGCAGAUUGUAGUUUCAAAUAAUGGGGUUGAAGUGGGAACUGAACCAAAAGAAGAGUCAGUUCAGAAGAUUGUGGCUUCAAAUAAUGGUGUUGAAGAGAGAACUGAACCAAAAGAAGAGUCAGUUCAGAAGAUUGUGGCUUCAAAAUAUGGGGUUGAAGAGGGAACUGAACCAAAAGAAGAGUCAAAACAGCAUCUUGUAACUUCUAGUAAUGGGGUUGAAAUUGACGAGGGAACAGAAGCUGAAGAGGAUUCAGUUCAGCAGAUUGUAGUAGUUUCAAAUAAUGGGGUUGAAGAGGGAACUGAAGCUAAAGAAGAGUCAAAACAGCAUCUUGUGACUUCUACUAAUGGGGUUGAAGUUGAAGAGGGAGCUGAAGAGUCAAUUCAGCAUAUUGUAGUUUCAAAUAAUGAGGUUGAAGAGAGAACUGAACCUCAAAAAGAGUCAAAGCAGCAUCUUGUGAUUUCUGCUAAUGGGGUUGAAGAGGGAACAGAAGCUGAAGAAGGGCCCUUCAGAUCAGGCCAUUCUGUCUAUUAUGACAAAGAUGAAGGAAUAUGGAAGUGUCGAACCUGCAGUUGGACUUUGCAAGGCAAAAGCCUAGAUAUUGGUUGGACAAAGAUUCCUAGGCACUACUUGGAUGAGCGGAUUAAUUACCCAAUGUUAGAUCAGAGGGGAAGCAAAGAUAAUAGCUUCAUUUCUACACCUUCCAUAAAGGAGAAGAUUGAUAAAAUUCCAGGAGAUGGAGGAGUUCAGGAGAGUGCUACUCUAGAGAUUCACCUUAAUGGAUAUUUGAAGAGUUACAACUUAUCAAGUUCCAGUGUUCAGUUUUCCAAAAAUCUUUCAGAAGAUCACAGCAUUGUUCACAAGUCCACUACCGUUGAUGAAAUAGAAAGUGCAGACCCUGACCUGAUAGAUGACAGCGACACUGAUGUAAAAGAUUUUGAUGUAGAGAAUGUACUUCAGAAGCAGAAUACACAUGAUCUUUAUUGCCCUAAUUGCAAGUCAUGCAUUACUAAAAGGGUUAUUCUUCGUAAAAGAAAACGUAAAAUUCGGGUUUCUGGUGAUGACGUCAAACGUGUCAAACCUGAAGUUGUAGUUGAUUCUAAAGUGGAUGCUAGUCAUGUACUGGCAGCUGAUGAUGAAGUACGUGAUGGAGCUGACAGUUAUCUUGAUGGUACUCCACCAUUGGCAGCGGAUGACUACCACCCUGAUAGAGAGCCAGAGCUAUUCAGAUGCUUAUCAUGCUUCAGCUUUUUUAUCCCAGCAGGGAAUGGAUUCAAACUGCCCCAUAUUUUUGGAAAAAAUGGUGCUAAAGAAAGUGUCAAAGGCGAACAGACACCUACAAAGAACAAAAAAUGGUUCAUCUUUGGAGGAUUAGAUAAGGGAAAAGCACCAGUUGAGCAAGGAAGUGGUAUUGGGGCAAGUGCAGUGAUAAAUGAUUCUGGAGUACUUAUGCCAUCAGCCCCACCUGCAUAUUCCAGCAGUGAAAUCACUCAGGAAGCUGGAGGGAAAUUUUUAGGAUCAAAGAACCAAGAUGCAAAUAUGAAAGGGAAAAUGGUGAUUGAUACAGUGGGUGAAUCAGAGAAUGCAACAAAGAGUCGAGAAGGAGGUUCUGUCUUUGACUUCUUUGAUUCAGAGACCCAUAAUCAGCCAACCGUCUCAGCUUCUUCUAAUGAAGUUCAAGGAAAUGAUAAGAACGAUGAGCUGUUAAGAAACACCGGCAGACUUCAAGUUAGCAAUGGAAAUCUUGUGCAGGAAAGUCCGCCAGCAUCUAGUGAUAAGAAGGAUGAGCUGUUGAGACCCGGUGGAAAAAUUCAAGUUAGUAAUGGAAAUCUUGUGCAGGACAGUCUGCCAGCAUCUCAACAAAAUGAACUAAAGCUUCUGAUAACUUCAACAAAGGAGGAGUCUCUAACUAUUGAGAAAUCAGAGACUGACUUAAAAUCUGAUGUAGCAAUACUAAAUAAAGAUCCAGCAACCACAGGUUUUGCACUCAAUGGCUUAGAUGGAAAUGGGAAACCCAAAUUUUUGACAGAAAUCCCUCAUGAACAUGUACAACAUAUCGAAGCUAUGCUUCCCUCUGAACCUCUGGUGGCAAACAAUGACAAUAAAUUUCAACUUAGUAGUGAAGACGGCGCCCAUCACUAUGAAGUUUCCAAGCAUACCAUCACAAAGACCAAUAUAGAGAUCCACUCAAAGCAGCCUUUGAAUGUUGAUGAGCAUGACUUGAUAUCAUCGGUAAAGGAUGCUUUAUCAAUUCAAGAUGCACCAGAUAACAUCCCCAACAUUUCUGCGGUAGCAGCUGCAAAUAAUAUUGCAGGCAACGAUACUAUUAUAACUGUGGAAGCAGGGAAUGAAACUAGAGAAACAGCUUCAGCAAAUGUAGAUACUCAAAUCGAUUCUGUUGAAGGACAAGCAACUGAUGGUGCAGAUGGUUACAAAAUUGAGAUCAUUAAAAGCAUUAUAUUUGGGGGUUUAGCUGAGUCAAUUACAAGCUUAAGCGUUGUAGCGUCUGCUACUGGUGGUGACACAACUACAUUGAACAUUUUAGUUCUGGCAAUGGCUAAUCUGUUUGGUGGACUUUUCAUCAUUUUCCACAAUCUUUGGGAGUUGAAAAGAGAUCGUUUCGAGCAAGCCAGCAAUCAGAUAAUGGAAAAACAAGUAGAUAGAUAUCGAGAACAACUUGGCCGGAGAGAGAACUUCACACUGCAUGCUGUACUUGUUAUAUUAUCAUAUAUCAUAUUUGGACUAUUGCCUCCCAUAACCUAUGGCUUCUCAUUCCGUAAGAGCGAUGACAAGGACCUCAAGAUUGUGGCAGUUGCUGCAGCUUCACUUGUAUGCAUCUUAAUGCUGGCUACUGGAAAGGCCUAUGUUCAGAGAGCACCCAAACCUUACUUCAAAACUAUAUCAACUUACAUUGUUUUAGGCUUCACGGUUUCCGGUGUAUCUUAUGCAGCAGGCAUACUAUUCAAUAGACUGCUGGAAAAGCUUGGCCUUUUCAAGCCUAGUUCAACAGUGAACCUGUUCCUACCGGAGAUGCCGGAGACUGGAGCAGCAUGGGCAUCCUUUUGAAGAGCAGAGAAUGAUGAACCACAAACAUGUAACCUCCAGGAGUAUCCUCUAGUUCUUUCUGAUUUGCCUUUUUUUGGCAUUUUUAUUUUAGAUUUAGCCUCUCCCCUUGUUAUUUUAAGUUACAGAGUUUAAACACUCGAUUAAGAAUAAAUAUCUGCAUUACAAUCCUUGCAUUAGUAAUCCAUGCAUAACUUGCUUCCAAACCAAACUACCCCGAAUGAAAAGAACAGAAACUAACAUAAAACUCUGGUCAAGUAAUAGAUGUAUAUUGGAAGACACAUGUCUUGCAAUUAUUAGUCUGUUGUGAACACUAUUGCUAAGUUGUUUGGACCCUCCAAUAUCUUUUUGGAGGAUCUAACACGCAUCAGAGUCGGGCUAUCAUAACCCGGAAGGGCAAGUUAGCAAAGUAUUUACCCCAAUGGACUAAGAUUGCUU